CUUGGUAUGGGAAGUGCGCUUGAGACAUUAUGUGGACAAGCUUUUGGUGCCGGGCAAGUUCAUAUGCUUGGAGUCUAUAUGCAACGAUCUUGGAUCAUACUAUUGCUAAGCUGUCUUGUACUCAUGCCGAUAUACAUCUUUGCUGCACCAUUGUUAAAGCUUCUAGGACAGGACCAUGAUGUAGCCAACCUUGCAGGAAAGUUUGCCAUCCUUACCAUACCCUCACUAUUCUCAUUGGCUAUCAAUUUUCCUACUCAGAAGUUCCUCCAAGCCCAAAGCAAGGUUGAUGUUAUGGCUUGGAUCGGACUUAUUGUUCUAAUUGAACACGCUGUGCUUCUCUGGUUAUUCAUUCCUGUAUUAGGCUGGGGUCUGCAAGGAGCUGCAGCAGCUUACAACAUUGCAAGAUGGGUGACUGCAAUUUGCCAAGUUGUUUAUGCAUUUGGUUGGUGCCGGGAUGCUUGGACAGGGUUCACUUGGGCAGCAUUCAAGGAUAUAUGGGCCUUUGUUCGUCUUUCAAUUGCCUCUGCUGUGAUGCUUUGCCUUGAAAUUUGGUACAUGAUGAGCAUAAUGCUUCUAGCUGGUCACCUUCCUAAUGCUGUGAUUACUGUAGGUUCUCUUUCUAUAUGCAUGAAUGUAAAUGGACUACAAUUUAUGAUAUUCAUCGCAAUGAAUGCUGCUGUAAGUGUUCGUGUAUCAAAUGAACUGGGAUUGCAGCAUCCAAGGGCAACCAAAUACGGUGUUUACGUUGCAGUCUUCCAGUCUCUCAUCAUUGGGCUUUUGUGCAUGGUCCUUAUCCCCGUCUCAAGAGACUAUUUUUCGAUUAUUUACACAGACAGCAAGGAAUUGCAGCAAGCUGUUUCUAAAUUAGCCUGGCUUCUUGGUGUGACAAUGGUUCUUAACAGUAUUCAGCCUGUCAUUUCAGGAGUUGCUGUUGGAGGAGGGUGGCAAGCCACAGUGGCUAAUGUAAACUUGGCUUGCUAUUAUGUUUUCGGGCUACCUCUUGGAUACCUUCUUGGCUAUGUAGCAGACUUUGGAGUGAUGGGCAUUUGGGGUGGCAUGAUAGCUGGAACCGUCUUGCAGACACUCAUUCUACUCUUCAUCCUUUACAGAACAAAUUGGACUAAAGAGGUGGAGGAAUCAAGCAGCCGCACGCAGAAGUGGGGUAGACAGAACAUCAGCACACAUAAAAGGUGGGCGACGACAUAUGAAUGA